AUGAGCGUCACCUCCUGGUUCCUGGUGAGCAGCAGCGGCACCCGUCACCGGCUCCCGCGAGAGCUCAUCUUUGUGGGGCGUGACGAGUGCGAGCUCAUGCUGCAGUCCCGCAGCGUGGACAAGCAGCAUGCGGUCAUCAACUACGAUCAGGACAGGGAUGAGCACUGGGUGAAGGACCUGGGCAGCCUGAAUGGGACAUUCGUGAACGAGGUGCGCAUCCCCGACCAGAAGUACAUCACGCUGCGGCUCAAUGACGUCAUCCGCUUCGGCUACGAUCCCAACUUGUACGCGCUGGAGCGGGUGCAGCACCGCGUCCCCGAGGAGGCGCUCAGGCACGAGAAGUACACCAGCCAGCUGCAGGUGAGCGUCAAGGGUCCGGCUCCCAAGAGGGGCGAGGCCCUGCCAGAGCACGCGCCUUACUGCGAGUCCUCGAACCCCAGGCCGGAGCGGGACCGGAGACCAGGAGCAGAAGCGACAGCCUACCGCACACCUCUGUACGGGCAGCCCUCCUGGUGGGGGGAGGAUGAAGGCAGCACCCUGCCCGAGGACCGGCACCAGGAGGGGCCAUACCCGGAGCGGCCGAAGGAGCUGAUGCAACAGGAUGGGGACCUCACCGGGACCACGACCAGCUUCCGGGCCCCCACGGAGCCUCAGGGCUACUCCUUCCGCCGGGAGCCCAGCUACUUCGAGAUCCCCACGAAGGAGGCCCUGCCGCGGCCUGCCGAGGGGCCGGUGCACGAGGCGCCCACCAAGGACGUGGCGCAGGGCGGGGCGGCGCCCGUGGUGCAGAGCCACGCCUCCUUCACCAUUGAGUUCGACGACUGCAGCCCUGGCAAGGUGAAGAUCAAAGACCACGUCACCAAGUUCUCCCUGCGGCAGCGGCGGCCCCCGGGCAAGGCCGCGCCCGUGGAGGUGGUCUCUGCCGAGACCAAGGUGGCCGACUGGCUGGUGCAGAAUGACCCCAGCCUGCUGCGCCCGGCGGGCCCCGGAGACGACCGCCACAGUGCCAAGAGCGACCUGCCCAUGCACACCCGCACCCUGAAGGGCCACAAACACGAGGAUGGCACACAGAGCGACUCUGAGGACCCCGUGGCGGCGGCAGCGGCGGCGGCCGGCGUCCCUGUGGAGAACGGGGAGCAGGUGCGGCUGCAGAGGCAGAUCAAGCGGGACCCCCAGGAGCUGCUUCACAACCAGCAGGCCUUUGUCAUCGAGUUUUUCGACGAGGACACGCCCCGCAAGAAGCGCUCCCAGUCCUUCACACACACCCCGCCCGGGGACCCCAAGGCUGACAAGCGCCGAGGCCCCGGGCCAGUGGACCGGGACCGCCCCGGCGCCCUGACCCGGGGAGCGGGCAGCAGCUCGGGGCCGCAGCGGGCCAGCUCGCUGAAGCGGGAGAAGACAGAGGAGCGGCUGGGGGGCCCCUCGCCCCCUGCCCGGGCCUCCGCCCGCCCCUUUGGCAGCGUAGGGCGCCGCUCCCGCCUGGCCCAGGACUUCAUGGCCCAGUGCCUGCGGGACGGCUCCACAGCUGCUCGGCCCAGCCCUGAGAAGACGCCCCCACCACUGCCCACCCCCCUGACGCCCCGUGGGGCCAGCCCCGUGGCCCCCUCACCCCCACCGCCACCCCCCACUGACCCCCAGCUCACCAAGGCGCGCAAGCAGGAGGAGGAGGACAGCCUCAGUGACGCAGGGACCUACACCAUCGAGACGGAGGCGCAGGACCAGGAGGUGGAGGAGGCCCGCAAGAUGAUCGACCAGGUGUUUGGCGUACUUGAGACCCCUGACCUCUCCAGGGUGUCCUCGGCCGUUUUUCGCCCAGUCAUCAGAGGGGACAGAGAUGAGUCCGGUGACGGGGUGGUCCCGCGGGCGUCCCUGCUGCAGGAGUUUGCCUCCCGGCCAGUGGGCACAGCCCCCCAGGGGGAGCUCCAGGACCUCUCGGUGCCCGGCUCCCCUGCAGGUCAGAAGUGGGCGUCCCGCUGGGCCAGUCUGGCUGACAGCUACUCAGACCCCGGCCUGGCAGAGGACAGUCCCGGGCGCAGAGCGGGGGAGCCCGCGGGGGCCCUGCCUGUGCGCCAGCGGCGACGGCUCCCACAGCUGCCCGGUGACCGGGCGGACGGCCCCCAGCCUGCCAGGAAGAGCGGGCCUGGGCCAGAGCCGGGCAGUGAGCCGGGCAGUGAGCUGGCCAGCCGCCUGUCGGGCCAGGAGGACUUGGAGCCCGACAGCCUCAGUGAUGCCAGUGGGUCAGAUGGGGGGCGGGGCCCAGAGCCCGGCGGGGGCCCCCCGGAGGGGCUGGUGUGGAUGCGGGGCCGGUGCUCGCAUCCGGGGGAGCCGGCCCCCAACUCCUUCUUCCCUGGGGACCAGCACGGGGAGGGUGCCUUCCCCCGGAAAACGUCUGUGGCUCCAGGAGAAGCAGAGGGCUCGGGGCGGGCGGCCCAGCCCAGCACCCCCCCCAGGGACAGCGUUUACGUCAGCACCAGCGGCCGGAUGGUUAUCCAGCUGCAGACCGGGCGGUCUCCAGAGCCUGAGGGCCCCACCCAGGCCAAGGAGGCCGGAGCCUUAAACCGGCAGGAGAGCAUCACCAAGGAGCCGGCCAGCGGCCCCUCAGCACCUGGCCAGGUCCCGAACAUCUCCAGACACCCCCUCCUGCAGGACUUGGCCGCAGCCCGGGCCUCCCGCAUGGACGUCCACCCCCAGGACACCCAGCUGAUCCUGAAGGAGACGGAGACGGCCCUGGCGGCCCUGGAGGCCCGCCUGCUCUCCAAGUCUGCAGAGGCGGAGGGCGAGGUGGGCAGCACGCCGGGGCCGCCGGAGGACUCCCUGUCUGGGGACUCGGACGUGGACACGGCCAGCACAGUUAGCCUGCUCAGUGGCAAGAACGGCCCCGGCCCCAUGAACUCCCAGCUCAUGGGGCUACAGAAGGAAAAGUCGCCGUCCCCGCCGGCGGCGCAGGACCUGGGGGGCAUCGCCCUGAGCAGCACCCGGGAUUGGCUGUCGGAAAAGCACCAUCGCCCAGGGGGCCCGACAGAGGCGGGCUGUGGGGAGCCUGCGCGGCGCCUGGCUGUGCGGCGUGGCCAGGGGCCCCAGGGGGCCCUGGACUGGCCCAACGAAGACCGAGGCUCCAGCCUUGCCCACCCACUUGGCUCAGACACGGUCACCUCUGACCACGAGUCACCCUCGGCCACCAGGGCAGGCCGGCCAGGGUCUCGCCGAAAACCCCCUGCCCCCCCGCCAUCCCCGGUGGCCCGGGAAGAGCAGAGCCGCGUGUCGGCCAGUGCCCAGAAGGUGCAGCAGGCGCUGACCCGCUCCAACAGCCUGUCCACUCCGCGGCCCACACGGGCCUCCCGGCUGAGGCGGGCCCGGCUGGGCGACGCCUCGGACACAGAGGCCGCCGACGGGGAGCGGGGCUCCCUGGCCAACCACGAGCCGGUGGGGCGUCCAGCCGCGGAGCAGACGAAGAAGCUGUCGCGCCUGGACAUCCUGGCCAUGCCCCGGAAGCGGGCAGGCUCCUUCACGGGGCCCAGUGACUCCGAGGCGGCCCCCCCCCGUGCUGGCUUCUCCGGCCGCAGCGUCGAGCUGUCCUGCUCAGGCCGCAAGUCCACCAGGGCCGAGGCCCAGACUGCCGCCCGGAAGACCGCCAGCGCCGCCGCGGCCUCCCGCCAACCCUUCAGCAGGGCCCGCCCGGGCAGUGCCCGAUACUCCUCACCCAACACACGGCGCCGGCACCAGGGCUCAGAUUGCACGUCCACCUCUGAGGAGGAGUAUGGCUCCCACCACGGCUCCCCCAAACAUACCCGCUCCCGUGCCUCAACAGCCACGCAGACCCCACGGGCUGGCAGCUCCACCCGGGCCCGACCCCGGGCCCCCGGCCUCCGGGACACAGACGACGAAGAAGAGGAGCCUGACCCCUAUGGGUUUAUUGUGCAGACGGCGGAGAUUGCAGAGAUUGCCCGACUGAGCCAGACGCUGGUGAAGGACGUGGCCAUCCUCGCCCGGGAGAUCCAUGACGUGGCUGGUGACGGGGACGCGCUGGGCUCCCCAGGGCCCGCACGUAGCCCCUCCCUCAGCAACGUGCCCAACACCCCUGCCUCGACCAUCUCAGCCCGAGAGGAGCUGGUGCAGCGCAUCCCUGAGGCCAGCCUCAACUUCCAGAAGGUGCCACCUGGCUCCCUGAGCUCUCGGAACUUGGACCAGAACAUGAAUGACCGCCAUGAGGACACCCUGACCAAUAGGACUCGGCCUCGGAACCGCGAGGAGGUGAUCUUCGACAGCCUGAUGCUGAACCCUGUGUCCCAGCUGUCCCAGGCCAUCCGUGAGAACACGGAGCACCUCGCGGAGAAGAUGAAGAUCCUCUUCCAGAACUCGGGGCGUGCGUGGGAGGACCUGGAAGCCAGGAUCAAUGCUGAGAACGAGGUGCCCAUCCUGAAGACGUCCAACAAGGAAAUCAGCUCCAUCCUGAAAGAACUGAGGAGGGUGCAGAAACAGCUGGAAGUCAUCAACGCCAUUGUGGACCCCAGCGGAAACCUGGACCUGCUGACCACCAGCAGGGGCCCCGCGGGCUCUGGCCAGCUCGGGAAAGGCCGGCCAGCUGCCCAGAGCUCGUCCUCGCCGCCCUCGGCCCUGUCCCCGAGGAGCUUCCCACAGAGGACCACCUGUGGGUCCCCCGGCCUCCCGGACCCUGCCUUCCUCCCUGACUUCCUCCCGGACUCGGAGAGGUUCCUGAUCUAGGGGGUGGGGCCGGG